CGGCGCGUACCAAUGACGUUGGCGACCCGGCGAUGGCGCUGGCGCUGUGCCGGAGACCUGCUCUGCGGCUUCUGCACCGAUUACUCGCCGGAGGUCGACCUGUCCCAGUGCAGGAAGCGCGCCAUGCUGGGCUAAGUUUCCACAAGGAGCUGCAUAGGGGACUGCGAUCGUCAAUAUACUUAAGAAUGGUGCAUGAGGAGCACUCCUAUGCAGACCCUGGACACCAGGACUCGUACUCUAGCAGUAAUUCAGAUCAGAGUGCAGAAAAGGGAGAGGGCUUCGAGUCUGAGGAUCAGCUGAGGCACCAGCUCCUUUCAGCGGCACUGAAAUUUGUCCCUAAGUUUGGCUGGACAGUGGAGGCCAUUGCGGAAGGAGCCAAGGUGUUGGAUCUGUCGCCAGCAGUGACUGGGAUGUUCAGUCAUGGUUCGGGUGACUUAGUGCUGCACUUUAUCACUCAGUGCAACAACCAGCUCUCACAGAUGCUGGCCGAGCACCGCAGUCUGGUCGAGCAGGGACAGGAGGAGGUGAAGAAGACUGAGGUAUUUGUUAGAGAUGCAGUGGAGGCCCGGCUGCGGAUGAUCAUCCCGUACAUUUACAACUGGCCACAGGCAAUGAGCAUUCUACUGAUGCCGGAGAAUGUUGCCGAUAGUUUGAGGAGCCUGACAGAAAUGGUGGAUGAGAUAUGGUACUACGCAGGUGACAAGUCUACAGACUUUAACUGGUACACAAAGAGGGCAAUUCUGACUGGAAUCUACAGCACCACAGAACUGGUGCUGGUGCAGGACUCCUCCCCAGAUUAUGAGAACACCUGGACCUUCCUUCAUCACCGUGUUAGUGACGUGGUCAGCAUGGCUCAUUCCGCCCAGCAGGCUCAGUUAACAGGGAAGGCUGUGUGUCAGGGGCUGCUGGGAGCUGCGGUUACAGUGAAGAACUUAGCCGGGAUCGCUAAGAAUCGAUGAGCUCUGCCUGUGGGCAUGCAGGCAAAGACUUGGGGCUGUGUGUGUGAGAGCAGGGUUGUGUUACCUGCAGCCUUUGUGUUAGAAUCCAGAUAUGAAGCAAUGUAGUGAGACAAUAAACAAUGGUAUCAAUCUA